GGAGGAGGCGGCUGUCAGGGAGGGUAGGAAGGAGAAAUAGACAGUAACAGAAGGAGCGUACGACAGAAGGCAGACAAAGGGGAAGGAGAGAAGCAAUAAGGAAGGAAAUCGCAGUGCAUCGCAUGAAUCAGUAGCAACGACUGCCUAUACAAUAGUGCGUGUGGCCGGGGGCGCUGCGCUAGUUUAGUGCUACUGGGCGCAUGUAGUGUUAUUGCUCUGCCAUUCUCCAUUCCGUUCCCAGGCAGGUGUGUGUGUAACAGGGAUAUGAUGGCAGGAGUAUGGGCUUCCCUGUGCCUGUCAGUGUUGGUGCUGCUCGGCUGCUCUAGCUCUCUGGCCCGGGGGCGCAGGCUGAGCCGGGAGCCGGGGGACAUCUCCUAUGAGUAUCACCGUUACCCGGAGAUGCGCGACGCGCUAGUGGCCGUGUGGCUGCAGUGUCCCUCCAUCAGCCGCAUCUACACGGUGGGACGGAGCUUUGAGGGCCGGGAGCUGCUUGUCAUAGAGAUCUCCGACAACCCAGGGGAGCAUGAGCCCGGUGAACCAGAAUUUAAAUAUGUUGGUAAUAUGCACGGAAACGAAGCUGUUGGAAGAGAGCUGCUUUUAUAUUUUGCCCAGUAUCUGUGCAAUGAGUACCAGAGGGAAAAUGAAACCAUUGUCAAUCUGAUCCACAACACUCGUAUCCACAUUAUGCCUUCUCUGAAUCCCGAUGGCUUUGAGAAAGCAGCCCAGCAGCCUGGAGACAUAAAGGACUGGUUUGUAGGACGUAGUAACGCUCAGGGUAUAGACCUAAACCGAAACUUUCCUGAUCUUGAUCGCAUUGUGUACUUAAAUGAGCGGGAAGGAGGCACUAACAAUCAUUUGCUGCAGAACCUGAAGAAGUCUGUUGAUGAAAACGCAAAGCUUGCUCCGGAAACAGUAGCUGUAAUCCACUGGAUUAUGGAUAUCCCAUUUGUUCUCUCUGCCAACCUUCAUGGAGGAGAUCUGGUUGCAAACUAUCCAUAUGACAAGACACGCAGUGGAAGUACACAUGAGUACAGCGCGUGCCCAGAUGACGGUAUUUUCCAAAGCUUAGCUCGUUCCUACUCAUCCCUUAACCCUACCAUGUCAGACCCUGACAGGAAGCCAUGCCGCAAAUCUGAUGAUGAUAGCAGUUUCAUUGAUGGGACAACAAAUGGUGCAGCUUGGUAUAGUGUCCCUGGAGGUAUGCAAGAUUUCAACUACCUAAGCAGCAAUUGUUUUGAGAUAACAGUUGAGCUUGGUUGUGACAAGUUUCCUCCAGAAGAAAUGCUGAAAUCCUACUGGGAGGAAAAUAAAGACUCUCUAGUGAACUAUUUGAUGCAGGUGCAUCGUGGUGUAACAGGAUUUGUCAAAGAUCAUCAUGGCUUUCCAAUUGCCAAUGCCACUAUAUCUGUUGAUGGAAUUGAUCAUGACGUGACUUCAGCAAAGGACGGUGACUACUGGAGGCUGCUGGCACCCGGAAAUUAUAAAAUUACAGCCUCAGCGCCUGGGUAUUUGGCUGUAGCAAAAAAAGUAGCUGUUCCUUAUAGCCCAGCUGUUAAGAUUGACUUUGACCUUGAGUCCUUGUCAGAAAGAAAGGAGGAAGAGAAGGAAGAGAUGAUGGAAUGGUGGAAGAUGAUGUCACAGACCUUGAAUUUUUGAAAAAAA